GCAUAGCUGGAGGAUGAUGCAAAGUAAGGUACCACCGCCUCACUGCCCAGGAGUCCCAGGGGCAACAUGGCACAAUCACUUAAACUGGUUUCCAGGUCUACACCGGUGUUCAGGAGCCUCACUGAGGUCUGGGCUGAGUCUGUGUUCAGGAGUCCAGAGAAAGUCAUCAAGAGGCAAAAGUCCCUAGCAGAUGUCCCGGGACCCUCUGCCCUCAGCUUCCUGGCUGACCUCUUCUGCAGGGGAGGGCUGGCCCGGUUGCACCAGUUACAGUUGCAGGGAAAAGCCAAGUAUGGACCAGUAUGGAAGGCGAGUUUUGGUCCCAUCCUGACUGUGCAUGUGGCAGAUCCAUCACUGAUUGAACAGGUUUUACGACAAGAAGGAAAACAUCCCAUUCGGUCUGAUCUCUCAUCAUGGAAAGACUACAGACAGUACAGGGGACAUUCAUAUGGACUCCUUACAGCAGAGGGGGAAGAGUGGCAACAGUUCCGCAGUAUUCUGGGGAAACAUAUGCUCAAGCCUAAAGAGGUGGAAGGUUACAGUGAUGUCCUGAAUGAUGUGGUUGGGGACCUGAUAAAGAAAAUCAGCCACCAGCGGAGUAAAAAUCCAAACCACGUUGUCAAAGAUAUCGCCAGCGAGUUCUACAGGUUCGGCUUAGAAGGCAUUUCCUCUGUACUAUUUGAAUCACGAAUUGGUUGCUUGGAGACCACAGUCCCGAAAGAAACAGAGAAGUUCAUUCAAUCCAUCAACACUAUGUUUGUGAUGACCCUUCUAACCAUGGCGAUGCCUAAAUUUUUGCACAAAAUUUUCAGAAAGCCUUGGCAAAAGUUCUGUGAAUCCUGGGAUUACAUGUUCGCUUUCGCCAAAGGUCAUAUUGACCAAAGAAUGGCAGAUGUAGCGGAGAAGGUAUCACAAGGGAAGGAAGUGGAAGGAAAAUACCUGACUUAUUAUCUGGCUCAGGAGAAAAUCCCCAUGAAAGCUGUAUAUGGCAAUGUGACUGAGCUGCUGCUGGCAGGAGUGGAUACGAUUUCAAGUACCCUGUCCUGGAGCCUGUAUGAAUUAGCGCGGCAUCCAGAAAUACAGUCCUCACUGCAUGCGGAGAUUAGGAACGUGUUACAGGGCCGGAUCAUAGCAACUGCAGCUGAUGUGGCCAAAAUGCCCCUAAUGAAAGCAGUUGUGAAAGAGGUUCUAAGGCUGUACCCUGUUAUCCCUGGCAAUGCCCGGGUCAUAUCAGACAGAGACAUUGAAGUAGGAGAGUACAUCAUACCAAAGAAGACACUUAUUACCCUCUGCCACUACGCUACAUCGAGAGAUGAGAAGUAUUUCUCAAAGCCCAAUGAGUUCCACCCAGAGCGCUGGCUGAAUAAAGAUGCGUCUCAUCACCCAUAUGCUUCUAUCCCAUUUGGGUUCGGCAAAAGGAGUUGUAUUGGGAGACGGAUAGCCGAACUAGAGGUCUAUCUUGCACUUUCAAGGAUUCUCACCCAUUUUGAGUUGAGACCUGAAUGUCCAGGAACUUUGGUGAAACCCAUGACCAGAACGCUGCUAGUACCAGAAAAAGAAAUCAACAUACAAUUUCUGGAACGAUGACCUCAUCAUCUGCUGAAUUAUGUGUGUCAUGCACCUCUCUGCGGACUUGUGUUUUCUUCAGUUCCCUACUGUUGAGAAGAUUAGCUAUUCAAGCUGUCACAGUGUUGCCUGUGAGAAGAACAUUAGAGUACAAGUCUUAAAUGUAUUUAAUCUUAUAAUUGAGGUUAAGUGUUCCUAUAUUUGUACUCAGCAUGUACUAUCAAAUAUAUGAAAUUUAGCAUUUACUAAUUAAGGAAAUACAGAAAAAGUAUUUCAUAAUUAGAAAAUUUGACAGUACCUUGUUAACAGUUUAGUUUAAUUUUCAACUGACAUCCAAAUCCACAUGACAUCUACUUUAUGUAUCUUCUUUGUUGUGACUGUCGUUAUCACCAAAACAAGAUUUGCACCAUGAGUGUGGAUAAACAAUCAAGAGACCAUAGUUAUAUCUAUGGGCGCAGACAUCAGUAAGGCUUGUGAAGCAUAGCAGAUGACGCUUAUGGAUAAAAGGAAACAUGGAAAUGGGAAAGUAGAUACUGUAAUUGUCUAAAAAAAUUCAUGACUGGCCUCUCUUCCCAAAUAUUCCUUACUUCCAGUAAUUCAAGUGCUGUUAAGUACAUUUUGUAGAAAUAUUUAUACUGUAUAUAUUU